CACCAUCCUGCACAAAAAAAUAAUAAAGGACAUUAUAGAAAAGACCAGAAAACAAGGCGAGCAAUGCUAUCAUCUGACAAUGCCACAUCACCACCUUUGAGAGUGAAGCAGGAUGAAUUUCAUCUUCCACAGAUUCUUGGCAUACUUUUAUUUGGGAUCGCAAAUAUUCCUUCUCCAUACCCUGUUCGUCCAGCCCGCUCACUCUCACCCGCAGCCCUGUCACAUCCUAGCGCGGAUAGGACACACCGUGCGCCUGGGUGCCCUCCUGCCUCCCCGCCAGCCGGUCCGGGUGCGGGCGGCUCUCAACCGCGCCCUCAACGGUCUCGCCGAAAGCGGGAACAACUUUCUGCCGUACAACUUGAGCCUGGAAAUGGUGGCUCGGGAAGCCCCGAGCGGAGACCCCGAGUCGCUCUUCAGGUGUGUGUGUCAGGAUAUAGUGGUCCAAGGGGUCUCGGCUGUUCUCGCCUUUCCGCAGACGCAGGAGGAAAUAGUACAAAUGGAAUUUAUGUCCUCUUUUCUGGAAAUUCCUUUUAUAAGCAUCAUUGAACACGGGGAACCUCUCAAAACUAAGAACCGCUUCCACCUGCAGAUGACCACCCGUAUCCCGCCGUCUGGACUGGCAGACUUGCUUUUGUCCAUUCUGCAGCACAGCGGCUGGAAGGAGAGCAUGGCCGUGCUUUGCCAAGGAUGGGAGGAUGCCGGUCUUCUAGAUUUCUUGAAACUUCAGGGCCAAUCUGGCUGGGGAGGCUCACAAUGGCACUUGCGGGCGGCCCUAAACCUCUCCAACAGCACACCUCACACGACUAAUAUAUCUGACUUCCUUUCUGAGCACUUUAAUCAGGACCAUCCUCCACCCACUUCCAUCCUGCUGUUUGGAGCCGACCCGGAGUGCGUCUCGUCCGUUCUGCGCAGCACGCAUGAUUUGGGAUUGACGUUGCCCACUGUGCAUUGGAUUAUGGGAUAUCCCUUAAGCCCGGAUGCUCUUCAUUCUAUCGGUCUGCCUUUAGGGCUGCUGGCUUAUGGAGAGGUCGACCGCAAACCGCUGCACUUGUAUAUUCGUGAUGCUCUGCAGCUUAUCAACCGAGCCGUGACAGCAGCAACGGUGGUACGGCCUGAUCUGGCCCUUAUUCAAAACAUGGUGAACUGUUUUGAUAAACCCAACAAACAUGAGUUGCCUUCGUCAGGACAGUACAUCGCAAGGUUCCUCUCCAACACGUCCUUUGUCGGACUGACAGGCCCUGUCAGCGUUCAACGGAACCUUUCACGUGCACUCACCUCCCAGCGUGUCCACAUUUGGAGCCUUCGGCGUGACGCCGUCGGUCAGCCCACAUGGGUGACGGUGGGCAGCUGGGAAGGCGGUAAGCUGGAUGUAGAGGAGCAGGGACUGUGGCAGGGCUCGUCCCCUCGACACCGCACUGAGGGUCAAAUGGGCAGGGAGGGCCGGAGAUGGCGGGCAGGCUUUCCUGUGACAGGGAGCCGUCUGCGUGUGGUAACGUUAGUGGAACAUCCCUUCGUGUUUACUCGAGAGGUAGAUGAAGACGGGAAAUGUCCCGCUGGACAAUAUUGCCUGGAUGCAGGCACCAAUAGCUCGGAAACCCUGGACCACUUGUAUUCCGACCGGGCGCAAGGUAACAGCAGCUUCUUGCCGCCGGAUUUCAGCAAAUGCUGCUAUGGAUACUGUAUCGACCUGCUAGAGAAGCUAGCAGAAGACAUGAACUUCGAGUUUGACCUGUACAUAGUUGGAGACGGGAAAUACGGAGCAGUGAAGGGUGGAAAAUGGACAGGGUUGGUGGGCGACCUCAUGAGCGGGAUGGCGGACAUGGCCGUCACUAGUUUCAGCAUUAACUCGGCUCGGAGCAAAAUGAUAGACUUCACCAGUCCGUUCUUUUCAACGAGUUUGGGAAUACUGGUACGCAGUAAAGACACGGCGGCACCCAUCGGAGCCUUCAUGUGGCCGCUGCAUUGGUCCAUGUGGAUGGGCAUCUUUGUGGCUCUACAUAUAACAGCGCUUUUCCUCACCCUCUACGAAUGGAAGAGUCCCUUCGGGAUGACACCUCAUGGACGUAACCGUGUGAAGGUGUUUUCGUAUUCAUCAGCCCUCAACCUCUGCUAUGCCAUCCUCUUCGGACGUACCGUCUCCAGUAAGACGCCCAAGUGCUGGACUGGACGCUUUCUUAUGAACCUGUGGGCCAUAUUUUGUUUGCUGGUUUUGUCCAGUUACACAGCAAACUUGGCUGCAGUCAUGGUUGGCGAAAAGACCUUCGAAGAGCUUUCUGGAAUACAUGAUGCAAAGCUCCAUCACCCAUCUCAGGGAUUCCGAUUUGGCACUGUUCGGGAAAGCAGCGCGGAGGACUACAUGAGAAAGAGUUUUCCUGAGAUGCACGAGUACAUGAAGAAAUUCAACAAGCCCACCACGCCCGAUGGUGUUGCCACUCUCAAGACAGAUCCGCCUCAGCUUGAUGCGUUUAUCAUGGACAAAGCCCUGCUGGACUACGAGGUGUCGAUUGAUGCCGACUGCAAGAUGCUAACGGUCGGUAAACCCUUCGCUAUUGAAGGUUAUGGGAUCGGACUGCCUCAAAACUCACUACUCACCUCCAAUAUAUCAGAGUUCAUCAGCCGCUACAAGUCUGACGGCUACAUGGACAUGCUGCACGAUAAGUGGUACAAAGUGGUGCCGUGCGGGAAGAGAGUCUUUGCUGUUACAGAGACGUUGCAGAUGGGCAUUCGUCACUUCUCAGGGUUGUUUGUUUUAUUGUGUGUGGGCGUGACCGGAGCCUUACUCACCCUGGCAGGAGAACACGCCUUCUAUCGCCUGGUUCUGCCACACAUCCGCCGCCGACAGAAGUUCAAAUAUUGGCUUCACACCAGUCAGAAAAUCCACAGGGCACUGAACAUGACUUACGAGGAUGUGAAGCGGCAGCACGGGAACGCCGAGAAAAGUUGCAACCUCCAGAAAGCUCAACCUCCAGCUCCACCUGCACCCCUUGGAUCCUUUGCCAAGUGGAACAACGAGAGCACCAAGGCGGAACAGGAGCCCAAGGACAACAAGAGGGUCCAUUUCAACCUGGAGACCCUCAACACAAGAUGUCUGCUCCCCCGCGUCAUGGCGGAAGGGGCUCAGGGCAGCUCUGCCUCCACGCUCGGCUCCGGGGCGGGAAGUUUGCUGAGGAGGGUGUGUGAAAACGGAGGACCCUUGGCUCAGCGGAAUGCCUCUUCGGAGGGUUCCUCGAGCCCCCCUAGAGACGGUGAGCUGGAGGAGCUCCAGGUGAAGAUCGAGGAGAUCCGUGGGCAUUUAAAAGCCGCUUUGGCUCGCAGGGCGGAGCUUCAGACUGCUUUGGCUAAAGAGAGGGCGGCUGCCGCGACUGUCCCGGGGACCACAGCAGCUCCGCCCACAGUUACAGCCACUAUUUGCCCUGCCCUCACCAAAGAGACAGGAGAUCUGAAAAGGUGACGCUUAUAACCUUUGUAUGACUGAAUAACUCUGAAUAACUACAUUCAAGGAUGUUUUUCUAUCUCUGCAAGACUUAAAAACUGGAACCAUUUAAAAUCUUAAUACUAUGGAUUGAUCCUUGUGAUGGUUUUGCUAAUGGUUAUGGUAGAAGAAGCUACUGAAGAACCAGGAGAUGCCUGCUUGGGAAUUCUUGCAACCAUUGAGAUCUAUGUGGAUAGACUUUGAAAGCACCAGCAAGCCCAUGCUUUCCUGCAGAUAUGAGAGCUUAUUAUUUCAGUUAUCCACAUCCAGAGAGGCUCAAUGCCUCGGCCCAGCCAUUAGACUUUUUCCACGUUGGUUUUGGAGCUAAAUAA